AUGGAGGACGAAACUCGCUUGUACCGACUAAAUGGCGUUGCUCACGUGGCUGGAUACAUCGACGAAGAGCCUACUAGGGUUAUUAGCGGCGUUAGGAGACAACAGAAUAUGCCUUUAUACGACCGGAUUAUACCGUAUCUGGAGACCGCGGGCUUGUAUCAUUUUGCUAGGCUGAACAGUAAGUGGUUAUGGAUUGAUGAGCCUCUACUUAGCGCAUUUAUUGAGCGGUGGCGUCCUGAGACCUACACCUUCCGUAUGCCCUUUGAAGAGUGCACUAUCACGUUGCAAGAUGUAGCAUAUCAGCUGGGUUUGCCGAUUGAUGGAGAGCCCGUUAGUGGGUGCCUGACUGAGUUUGAGAAUCUGAUGGAAAAUAGAAGACCGGCAUGGGUGUGGUUUCGCAAGUUGUUUGGGGAGUUACCUCCGCAAAGUAAAGUCAAGCAGAUGACAGUGUGCUAUACAUGGUUCCAUGAGAGGUUCCGGGUUCUCCCAGCAGAUGCUAGUGAGGAGACCGUGCGUAUAUACGCGCGUGCUUAUAUUCUGAUGUUGUUGUCCUCUCGGCUGUUUGCGGACAAGAACGCAAACUGGGUCCACCUUCGCUGGUUGCCUUAUUUGGCAUCGUUGGACGACUUAGGCAGAUAUAGCUGGGACUCUGUGGCACUGGCCUGGUGGGCUACAUAUCUACCGAGAAAUGAUGCAGGGGAUCAAAGAGUGGUGUCUGCACGCCUUUCUUUGGACCGAUUGCAUGUCCACGAUGUGAGUCAUUUACUUAUUGCUCUUACUUGGACUGGUUUAUGUUAA